AUACCAGUGCACGCUUGCAAAGCUAACAAUAUAAAAAUAGGUUUUGCCUCAUGCCUCUACCCAUUCUGAAGUUAAGCAAAUCAAAAAUAGGUUGGGGCUUUUUAGAAAAAGACUCAUGGGUUAUUUCUCGUGGUAGAAAUAACAUUUAAUCAAUAAUAUAAGGAAUGACAAAAUAGAAACAGAAUGUCAAACUCCAGUCCUGUGCGUGUUCAUUCAGUUCUUUAAAAAAUGGCAACAAAUUCUGGCUUCUAAUUUGAAUGCUGCUGUUUGUUCUGCUUCCUGAUACCAUGAGGUUAAGUUCACCUACCUUUGUGGCAUCAGGCACAUCAACGGUUUUUACCUUACUUGCCAGAAGUACAGGGAAUGCCAGAGAAACCAGGGCUAAAGAAAACAACUCUAUUUUCCACUUCCCUGGUUGCAUUAUAAUUUACUUUGAGACUUAUAUCCUGGUGUAAUAUUUAGAGCAAUAACAAAACAGAUAUUUUUCUUUUAGCAUCUAGUGUUGGAUAGGGCUGUGGGAAAGGGCUGUUGCGACUAAAUGCACUUUUGUUACUGGUAUACAUUUUAACUUUAAUAUAACCUUUUCUUUUCAACACAUGUUCACCCUUCCCUUGUUCUCAAGCCAUGCCAAUAGAGGAGACACCGUUUAAAUAUUUGGAAAAUGGAAUGGAUUUCAAUAGUAAGGAAGCGCUCACCUUUUCUCAAGAAACUCACAGAAGGGAUGAACCAUUUAAAUCUUUGGAAUGUGGAAAAAGUUUCUCUCAGAAGAUAAGCUAUGUUCAUCACAGGGCAAUUCACAAAGGAGAGAAGCUAUUUAAAUGCUCGCACUAUGGAAAGAGGUUUAGUCAUAAAAGAAACCUUAUUAGUCAUCUGGCAACUCACACAGGAGAGAAGCCAUUUAAAUGCGUACAGUGUGAAAAGAGCUUUUGUCAAAAGGGAAACCUUAUUGCUCAUCAGGCAACUCACACAGGAGUAAAGCCAUAUAAAUGCUUGCAGUGUGAAAAGAGCUUUAGUCGCAAACACAUCCUUAUUAGUCAUCAGGCAACUCACACAGGAGAGAAGCCAUUUAAAUGCUUGCAGUGUGAAAAGAGCUUCAGUCAAAAGAGAAGCCUUAUUCGUCAUCAGGCAACUCACACAGGAGAGAAGCCAUUUAAAUGUGUACAGUGUGAAAAGAGCUUUUGCCAAAAGGGAAACCUUAUUGCUCAUCAGGCAACUCACACAGGAGUAAAGCCAUUUAAAUGCUUGCAGUGUGAAAAGUGCUUUAGUCACAAGUACAUCCUUAUUCGUCAUCAGGAAACUCACACAGGAGUGAAGCCAUUUCAUUGCUUGCAGUGUGAGAAGAGCUUCAGUCACAAAAGCACCUUUAUUAGUCAUCAGGCAACUCACACAGGAGUGAAGCCAUUUAAAUGCUUAGUGUGUGAAAAGUGUUUCACUCAAAAGAGUAACCUUAUUAGUCAUCAGGCAACUCACACAGAACAGAAACCAUUUAAAUGCUUGCAGUGUAAAAAGGGCUUCAGUCGCAAGCACGUCCUUAUUCGUCAUCAAGCAACUCACACAGGAGUGAAGCCAUUUAAAUGCUUGCUGUGUGAAAAGAGCUUCAGUCAAAAACACGUCCUUAUUAGUCAUCAGGCAACUCACACAGGAGAGAAGCCAUUUAAAUGUGUGCAGUGUGAAAAGAGCUUUAGCCAAAAGGGAAGCCUUAUUAGUCAUCAGGCAACUCACACGGGAUUAAAGCCAUUUCAUUGCUUGCAGUGUGGAAAGUUCUUCAGUCGAAAGGGAACCUUUAUUUCUCAUCAGGCAACUCACUCAGGAGAGAAGCCAUUUAAAUGCUUGCAGUGUGAAAAGUGCUUUAGGCACAAGCAAGACCUUAUCCAUCAUCAGGCAACUCACAAAGGAGAGAAGCCAUUUGAAUGUCUGCAGUGUGAAAAGAGCUUCAGUCAAAAGGGAACACUUAUUAAACAUCAGGCAAUUCACACAGGAGAAAAGCCAUUUAAAUGCUUGCAGUGUGAAAAGAGCUUCAGUCAGAAGGGAACACUUCAUAAUCAUCAGGCCACUCAUACAGGAGAGAAGCCAUUUAAAUGCUCAGUGUGUCAAAAGAGCUUCAGUCACAAGCAAGUCCUUAUUCGUCAUCAGGCAACUCACACAGGAGAGAAGCCAUUUAAAUGCUCAGUGUGUCAAAAGAGCUUCAGUCGAAAGGACGUCCUUAUUAGUCAUCAGGCAACUCACACAGGAGAGAAACUUUUAAAAUGCUUUCAGUAUGAAAAGAGCUUUAACCAAAAUUGAAGACUUAUUAGUCAUUAGGCAACUCACACAGGAGAGAAGCCAUUUAAAUGCUCAGAGUGUGGAAAGAGCUUCAGUCGAAAAUCAUACCUUGUUUAACAUCAAGCAACUCGCAGUGGAGAAAAACUGGAGUGUGCAAAGAUCUGCAGUUGAAAGACAAGCCUUGUUUUUAAUUGUCAACCCAUACGAAAGAAAUGGGGUAAAGAGAAGUUUCUUUGUUUUAAAUCAAAGGUGGCUUGCAUCUUAGUUAUGGUAACACUGAUUUAAAAAGCUGUGGCUUUUGGGGGAAGUAAUAAUCUGACCAAUUUUCUUUGAUGAAAUAUCUCAUUAAGCAAAAGUGAUAAUAUUUUGAGAGCUAAACGAAAGAUAUUUCAGGUUUUCUUUUACCCAUUCAUGAACAUUAGUUACUGCAAAUAUUUCCUGUCAUGUAUAUUCAGGGUUUAAAAUACAUUUAAUUGAGAUGUUUGAUUUGAAGUGUGGGAAUGGGUUUAAUUAAUGACUAACAGCCCUGUGUUUCAUGUAGUUAUAUGUAUGUGGGACUGAAUUUUCUUGUAUGAAAUAACUAAGAAAGAAUCACUGAUAAACUGUUUUCUAUCUGUUCAUGCAUAAUGGUUUCUGCAAAUGUUUCAUGUCCUAUCUAUAACAUAUAAAUAAUAAUAAAUCCAAUAAGUGA